AUGGCAGUGCCGCGGCCGUAUGAAGAACUAGGUGUGGAGUGGAAAGGAGACGAUGAUCGCACGCUUACGAACAUCACAGUCAUCGCAUGCAACGCCGCAACUAUUGACGCUGAAAUCGCUGAUGACAAUGGUGACUAUCCUUGGGGAAUAUCCUUGAUUUUUAUCAUUGUUGCCUUGGGUUUGAGCAUUUUCUUGGUAGCACUCGACAUGACAAUCGUCGCCACAGCUAUUCCAAAGAUGACAGACGAAUUCAGUGGUCUUUCCGAUGUUGCCUGGUACGGCUCUGCCUUCUUCAUGACCAUCGGUGGUUUCCAGUCGGCAUGGGGCAAGGCUUACACGUACUUUGAUCUCAAAACCACUUUCCUUGUUGCCAUGCUCAUCUUCGAGAUUGGUAGCCUGUUUUGUGGCGCUGCACCAAACUCUGCUGCCUUCAUCGUAGGACGCGGCAUCGCCGGUGUUGGUGCUGGGGGCCUCAGCUCUGGCUGCUAUACACUCAUUGCAUUUGCCGCCGAACCCAGAAAACGUCCAUUGUUCACCGGGAUCAUGGGUGCUUCUUACGGAAUUGCCUCUGUCGCCGGGCCCCUUAUUGGAGGUGCCCUCACCGACCAUGCCUCCUGGAGAUGGUGCUUUUAUGUCAACUUGCCCAUUGGCGGUCUCUCAGGAAUCGUCAUCCUCUUAUUCUUUACCGCACCAAGCAAAUCAAAGCCAGUAGCGGCUUCUCUUCGAGAGAAGCUCCUUCGAAUGGAUCCAAUCGGUAUCGUCCUGGUUAUGGGAGCGACUAUCGCUUUCAUCUUGGCUGUCCAGUAUGGUGGCCAGAGCCACUCGUGGGGUUCAGACACCGUCGCCGGCCUCCUUGCAGGAUCUGCUGUCGUUAUUGUCGUCUUUAUUGCCUGGCAGGCGUAUAACGGCGAGCGCUCCAUGAUAGUUCCGCGCAUCGUCAGGAAAAGAACUGUCUGGGUCAAUGCACUCGGCGGCUUCUUCCUGAGCUCUGCCUACCUCAUUAUCGUCUACUAUCUGCCAAUUUACUACCAGAGCAUUAAUAACGAUUCUCCAACCACGUCCGGAUUACGCAACAUUCCAAUUAUUCUUGCCGUCACCUUUGCCACCAUGUUGUCGGGCGUGCUCAUCUCGAAGACUGGCAUCGCAAUACCGCUCAUGGUGGUUGGUUGUGCCAUUGGGAUGAUUGGUACAGGGCUCAUGUGCACUCUUAGGCUCGGCGCGAAUGGGAGCAGAUUGACUGCGUACCAGAUUCUCGCCGGAGCUGGUUUUGGUCUCGCUAUUCAAGUCCCAAUGAUUCAUGCCCAAGGAAAUGCUGCAACUGAGGAUCUGGCUUUGACUACAUCCACCAUUAUGUUUUUCCAAACCCUUGGUAGUGCGCUUCUUCUCUCGGGCGCGCAAUCAGCCUUUGCGAAUGAGCUGCUGGUCAAGCUCAAAGAAUAUGUGCCGACAUCCUCUCCGGAGAUGGUGAUUGCCACAGGCGCGACACAGAUCCAGACGGCUUUCCCCGCCGCCCAGGUCACCGGUAUCCUGCAGGCUUACAUGGGAGGAAUCAACAUUGUUUUUGCCAUCUCAACCACGGCGGUCGGUUUGGCCUUCGUGACUAGCUUGGCCAGCUCGUGGAAAAGGCUGGGUGUGGAGUCGUUCAAGGUUGUGUGCGGUGCCGCAUGA